UCGAUAAUGCGUGUGAUUAGUAAAUCAUCUUUCAGUUGUAUGAAUCUUUGCGUUUGUUUUCAAUUUGUCAGUGUUUAAGUCAAGGCGUGAGUGUUGUACGCACGUGGUUUGUUUGGAACAUUCGGAGUAAUGGUGAAGCGGACCUGGCAGGAAACAGCGAAUGACAAAGAGGAAUCAGAUGGAAUUGCGCUGCCUACUACACGAUAUUCAGACGAACCUGUGCCGAAGAAGGUGAAAUGGAUUAACAAGCAACGCGUGCUCGUGUUCGCAACACGGCGCAUUUCACAUAGGGACAGGCAUCUCAUGGAAGAUAUUAAAACGUUGAUGCCACACUGUAAACCUGAAAGUAAAAUGGAAAGAACAGAAAAUUUGUUCGUCGUGAACGAGAUAUGCGAAAUGAAGAACUGCAAUAAGUGCAUACUGUUUGAGGGCCGCCAUAAGCGUGAUUUAUAUUUGUGGAUAUCAAAUGUACCAACAGGACCCUGUGCAAAAUUUUUAGUUGAGAACACAUACACAAUGGCAGAACUGAAGUUCACAGGAAAUUGCUUGAAAGGAUCAAGACCACUACUCUCAUUUGAUGAAAAUUUCACUAAAUAUCCACAUUAUGCUCUUCUGAAAGAGCUCUUUGUACAGGUAUUCGGGACUCCAAACAAACAUCCAAGAAGUCAGCCAUUCAUUGACCAUGUCUUCACGUUCUCUGUUCUUGACAAUCGAAUAUGGUUUAGAAAUUUUCAGAUUCUCUCUGAAGAUGGUGCUCUUACUGAAAUAGGGCCACGAUUUGUGUUGAAUCCUGUCAAGAUAUUUGGUUCAAGUUUUGGUGGGCAGACACUGUGGGAGAAUGCCUCGUAUAUUUCUCCUGCUAAGUACCGUCAGCAAAUAGCCAAAGCUGCAUCAGGGAAGUACAUAAAUCGAAUUGAGCAGAAAGUGGCAUAUGAAAAAACAAAGCCUAAAGAAUCAUACAAGUUAGAUGAGACAGAUGAUAUAUUCCAUGGCGAUCCCAUAGAAAAAGCAGCCGACAUUGCGAGCAAAGAAGGAAAAUCAUUGAAACUGAAAGCAAAAGUAAGGAGUCAUAAACUUGAUAAGAAAAAGAGGUUACUUAAAAAGAAUCUGAAGAAAAAGAAGAAGAAAAACAGACCAGCUGAAAAUGUACAAUAAUAAUUUAAAAUCUGUUCAUGUGACACCUGAAAUGAUCUUAUUGCAGAUGUUAUGAGUUAUGUGGAUGUGUUAUGUAUAUAUAAGUAAAACUGUUGGAAGAAAUAAGAUAUUGCAGUAUUUGUAAUAUUUUUUUCUUAACCCUUAUGCUUAUAAUUUUUUGUGAAAUAUCCAGAAGAUGCUGUGGAAAAUAAAUUUGCUUAGUCACAGAA